AUGUCUUCCUCUUCCAACACGGUCAACGCCCCGCCAGUUGUGAUCCCUGCUUCGGGAAACAACAUAGUCAUCAAUCCUCUUCAGCGCGGGAACCCGGUAUUAGAGUGCAUUCGAAAUGUUGGGAAGGAAUUCGGGGACAUUGUGGCCGAUUAUCAGGUUGGAAGAACGACCGGGGUGCUAUACUUAAGUCUGAAAUACCAUCGCCUCCAUCCGGAAUACAUACUUACACGGAUCGAAAAGCUUGGCCACCACUACAAUCUUCGAAUUCUUUUGAUCCUGUCCGACAUUUCAGAACAUAAAGAACCUAUACGCGAACUGACGAAGGUGCAGGAUCUUCUAUGUUCGUGGCCCUCUGGGAUCUUACCGCCCUUCAAGGCAUGCUUAAUCAACAAUAUUACGAUUAUAGUGGCAUUCUCCUACGAAGAGGCAGGGCAUUACCUCACAACCUUCAAGCAGUUCGAGUUCAAGCCACCGGAUAUGAUCAAAGAACGCGUCGACAAGGAUUACCAUUCCAUCCUGCGGACGACACUGACCUCAAUUAGCAGGGUCAACAAGACAGAUGUAGAGACUCUUAGGACCUCCUUUGGUAGUUUCGCCAACAUCGCCAAAGCUAACCCAGACCAGCUGCAGAAUCUGCCAGGGUUUGGCCAAGUGAAAGUGAAGAACAUCAAAAAUGCUUUCGAGAAGCCUUUCCGAAACCAAGCCACGAGCUCACUCGCCUCGCAAGGAAAGAAAGCUGUUCCAGCUGCUCUGGCUCCCAGUGCCAGCAGUUCCUCGUCUCGACUUUCUCAGCAGCGUCCUCCCAGAGAACCGAGUCCUGCAUGGGACAUCGAAUCCGAUUUGGGUGAGCUGGCCGACGAGCAAGCAACGAACUACGCCAGAAAAGGCUCGUGCGCAAGUUUUUGA